CAUCACCACCAUCGCCCACUUUCAAUUCAGCUGCUCAAGCUAUACGCUCGCUUCUCAGUCCCCUCACAGCUGUUUUUUAUCUUUUGGUUUGGAAUUUGGACGAAUGACGACAAUGUCUGAACUUCCUGAGGAUGUGGUAAAUGAGAUACUCCCUAGAGUUCCAUUGACGUCUCUGAGGGCGGUGCGUUCAACUUGCAAAAAGUGGAACUCUUUAUCCAAAUACAGAGUUUUUGCAGCCGUGAGGAAGCAGUUUUUGGGAUUCAUUAUGAUGGAUUACAAGGUUUGCUCGAUGAGAUUCGAUCUUCAAGGCAUCCGAAACGACGGAGAGUUCGUUGAUCCAUCAAUAAAGCAAGUAGAUAUACUUGACCAAAUCGAGGUAUCUAAAGUCUUUCACUGUGACGGUUUAUUGCUAUGCGUUCUCAAGGACAACUCAAGGCUUGUGGUAUGGAAUCAUUAUCUGGGGCAGACUAGGUGGAUCCAACCAAGAGACAGUUUCCACAAGUUAGACAGGUAUGCUCUCGGAUAUGACAAGGACCGUAACCACAAAAUCUUGAGGGUCUUUGCUGAUUAUGAAGGCAGAAACCAAGUUUCUGGUUAUGAAGUCUAUAGUUUUCGAACUGAUUCGUGGAAGGCUUUCUGUCUAACUCCCGACUGGGAUAUAGAGUCCCAUCAACGUGGCGUGUCUUUGAAGGGAAACACAUAUUUCUUAGCUCAAGAGAAGAAAAUAACAGUUGGUGGAGGAAAGGUUGAGGAUAUUCUACUCGCAUUUGAUUUUACUAGAGAAAGAUUUGGACCGCGUCUGCCUCUUCCGUUGCAAUCUGACGAGGCAGAUUAUUUUGUGUCUCUGUCUUGUGUGGGAGAAGAGCAGCUCGCAGUGUUACAUCAAAGCUGGGAGAUUAGUGACGUUGUGGAGAUUUGGGUUACAAAUAAGAUUGAUCCCGGGGCUGUCUCGUGGAGCGAGUUUUUGAGUUCGGUCUCUGAUUUUAGCGUUAAUCCUCUAGCUGGGAGUUUCUUCAUUGACGAGGAGAUCAAAGUUGCUGUGAUUUUCGAUCUAGACGGAGAUAAAAGAAAUGAGACAUGUCGCAACCAAACAGCCUACAUAAUUGGAGAGGAUGGAUACUUCAAAUCUGUGAAUAUUGGAGAGGCUCGGAAUCUCGGGAUACCUGACAAAGAUGGAUAUACUCAACGCAUAUAUAGUCGCCCCCUUGUCUGCUCAUAUGUUCCUACCUUAGUGCAACUCCAAAUCAACCAACCAGGCACAAUGAUAGAGAGCCAUGAUUAAUUUAAUUAGCUUCUUGCAUGUCUCGUCUGAACAAGAGACAAAUGAUAGUAAUUUAUUAAUAUGUGUGUUUGCAGUUUAUAAAUGAAUUCAGCUUUUGCAUGUUUUA